GAGGGACACAUCAUACAUUUUUACCUUUGAAGCACCACCGCCCUACCCUGCCCACGCAAAAUCCCACACAUGGAAGGGAAUCGAAAGAGGCGAAAUUAAAAAACAAGAGGAAGAGGAGCUUUAUUUUCCAACCAAAUUAAUCAAAGCACUCGCAAAUUUGGAUUUUGGCGUGGGAGGCAUACUUAUGGCCGAUCACAAAUUUGUUGAUGAAGACAAGCUGAUAUUAAGAGGAUUGCAGUUCCACGGAUUUCAUGGAGUGAAGCCAGAGGAAAAAAAGUUUGGUCAGAAGUUUGUCGUGGAUGUCGAUGCCUGGUUAGACUUAAGCACUGCUGGUAAAACUGAUGAUCUAUCUGAUACUGUUAGCUACACUGACAUUUACAGGAUAGUUAGAGAAGUAGUGGAGGGUCCAUCGCAGAAUCUUCUGGAAUCUGUGGCUCAUCUUAUUGCGAAUACCACUCUUCUCAAAUUCCCUCAGAUCUCUGCUGUUCGUGUGAAGGUUGGAAAACCGCAUGUUGCUGUCCAGGGUGUUAUCGAUUACUUAGGUGUUGAGAUACUUCGAUACAAAAAACACGAGAAAACCGAGUCAGCGUGAGAUUUUAUAUCGAGCAUGGUAUUGUACUAAAGUAAACCGAAGUUAAUUUUAUGCAUCUUGUUUUGCAAUGUUUGUUGUUGUUGAGAGGAAUUCGCUAUUUCCGUUGUUAAUUUCUGCUGCAGAAUCUGCUAAUAUCUAAUUGCUAUGUUUUUGCUGCUCC